UGCUUUUAUUUCCCGUUAGCUGUCCCGGUCAGAGCUUGUUGCUUGAGCAGGCACAAUCUUCAGUUAAAUACACAACAACAACAACAGCAGCAGCCAUGUCGGUGUUUUGUGACGUCCCACAAACAGCCCCAGUAGCUGUCUUCAAGCUGUCACAGGAUUUCAAUAACGACCAAUUCCCCAAUAAGGUGAACCUCGGAGUGGGAGCCUACCGGACAGAUGAGGGUCAGCCGUGGGUUUUGCCAGUAGUUAAAAAAGUUGAACAAAUCAUUGUGCAUGAUGACAGCCUAAACCACGAGUACCUGCCCAUCCUAGGCCUGCCUGAGUUCAGAUCCUCGGCUUCUAAGAUUGUACUGGGAGAAGACAGUCCUGCAGUCCAGGAGAACAGGGUGGGGGCUGUCCAAUGUCUGGGGGGUACAGGUGCUUUGAAAAUAGGCGCAGAAUUUCUCCGUCGUUUCUACAAUGGAAACAAAAACAGCAAAACACCCGUCUAUGUGUCCGCGCCUACCUGGGAAAAUCACAAUGCUGUGUUCGCCAAUGCUGGCUUUGAGGAUGUCCGUCCCUACAAGUACUGGGACGCAGUGAAGAGGGGCCUUGAUUUUGCGGGUUUCCUUGGAGACCUGGAGAGUUGUCCAGAGCACUCUGUCUUUGUCCUGCAUGCUUGUGCCCAUAAUCCAACUGGCACAGACCCCACACAAGAGCAAUGGAUGCAGAUUGCAGAAAUGAUGAUGAGGAGGAAGCUGUUUGCGUUCUUUGACUCUGCCUAUCAGGGAUUCGGCUCAGGCAAUCUGGAUAAAGAUGCGUGGGCGGUCCGCUACUUUGUCUCCAUGGGCUUUGAAAUGUUCUGUGCCCAGUCGUUCUCCAAGAACUUUGGCCUCUACAAUGAGCGUGUGGGCAACCUGACCAUUGUGGCUCAUGAUGCAGACAACCUGAAGCGGGUUCUGUCCCAGAUGGAGAUGAUUGUCCGGACCACUUGGUCCAACCCACCGUCUCAGGGAGCUCGCAUUGUUGCCAUCACUCUCAAUUCACCUGAGCUCUUUCCUGAAUGGAAAGACAAUGUGAAGACCAUGGCUGGCAGGAUUUUGUUGAUGAGGGCUCAGCUGAAGACUAAGCUCCAAGCUCUGGGGACACCGGGCACCUGGGACCACAUCACAGAGCAGAUUGGCAUGUUCAGCUUCACAGGCCUCAACCCCAAUCAAGUGGAGUAUGUUGUGAAGGAGAGACACAUCUACUUAAUGGCCAGUGGUCGCAUCAACAUGUGCGGCUUGAACAGCAAGAACAUUGAAUACGUGGCUGAGUCAAUCCAUGAGGCUGUCACCAAGGUCCAGUAGAAGACUACACUACCCACAGUUCUCAGUUCUUCCUCCUGCCCAUCCCUGAGCCACCUGGUUCCAGGCAACGUGUUUGUAUCCAGUAUAUCUCCUGGAGAAAACAUAAACUGUUAUUUGCACAAACAUACACAGCUAUGGCCAUAGUCCACUGGCCUUGUUUCCCCUUCCUUUCAGUGUUUAUGCUAAGCUAGGCUAAACACACACAUGAAAGUUAUUCCUUCUAGUAAUUGUGUUAAUAAUUUGCCCCUGCUUUCUUUGUAUUGGUCUUCCAUUUAUCGUGUGUACUUUGUGUGACAUCACAGAGGUUCUUCACGUAGUGUGUUUGUGUAUGUGUCAUCACCAUGACCUUUGUGUGGGUUUAGUACAUCUGUGACUGUGUUACACUUACCCCGGCAGUGCUGACUCAACGGUCUAGAAAUGUUUAAUAUCCUAUUGUUAGGAUUCAUCCAUUCCAAGUGUUAGAAAAACAUUUCCAAUUUUAAUAAACCUGCAGUAAUUGGCACGUAUGAUGAACGGCUGUUAAGAGCACUGGCCAGAAGUAACAGUAUUAUGUUGACUGCUGUUUGCAACGUGAUCAAGAGAUGAGUGUUCUCUCGAAGAUAUUUUUACCUUGAACUUUGUAAUUUAUAAAUGAUACUGUCCGAGUGUUUUAUUUUCUAGUUUGUGUUGAGUGGCACAGAACUGUUCUAACACGUGUCGUGACUCCAGAGUUGUCUCUGUUUUCACAACUGAAGGUUUUCUGCUGAAUGAAUGUUGAGGUGGCUCACAGAUUGCCUGUUCGUAGCACUAGUGCACUAUUAUGCAAGACCUCGGGGCCAGUGGCACAAACACAUUAAUGAUCAACCCGUUUGCUGUUGUAUCACUGUGCACAGUACACCAAUAAAGCAGUCGUAAUGAAGCUAAUGUGAUGAUGAACGACGUUAAUAAAGAACUAUAAAUAGCA